CAAACCUUUUUCUCCAAGCAAAAAUAUUAUUAUUGUUAUUCAGUCCUGAGUCAAAAAAAUUAGGGUUGGUGAUUUUGCUGCUUCUGAUCAGAGUGUGAAGACGGUUUGAGAAGUGAAGUGCAAUGGAGGUAUUUGGAAAAUCUUCAGUGGUUGGUUCAGCGGCCAAUGUUAUUUACUUGUCUGCUAUACUUGGUAUCGAUGGACCCGAUCCGUGUCACAAGUGUGAUUGGAAAUGCGAGAAUGAGAAUGUUUGUGGGAAUAUGUACCGUUGCAGACUAACUGGGUUGAGUCACGUCUGUGACAAGAACUGCAACCAAAGGAUUUUGUAUGAUAACCAUAACUCUUUGUGCCGAGCUAGUGGCAGGAUAUUCCCGCUCUCUUCCGAUGAGGAGCAGGCGGUUAGAGGAGUCCGGAGGAAGCUUGAUGAUGAGAGUCAGCCCUCUGAAAGCUGCGUUAAGCGUCUUCGGCGUGAUGUCCAGUUUCUUUCUUCUCCUUUCGAGAGGUCUUUUGCUGCUGUGAGCCCAAUCUGCAGUCAAGCUGGAGAUGGAAUGGAGAUGAACUAGAUCUUUGUUGGUCUUUUGCUUAUCUUUAUCUCACCUAGAAUAACACUUACUUUUUUUUUUCUUGAUCUCAAGUACGCAAUAAGAGAUGAUAUUCAUAUGCUCUUCCAGAGAGACUAGGCUUAGCUCCUCUGUCUGAAGAAGUACUUUUAAAUCUGAAGUUGUCUUUUCUUUCAAA